AUGGGCACACACAGGCGCGGACGCGGACCCACGCGUGGGGGGGGAGCUAGGCGUGGCGCGGGCCGGCAGGACCGUGGCCGCGGCAGCCAUAGCCGCGGUGGUCGUGGUGGUCGCGGCCGGCGGGGUGGCCGUGGUGGUGGGCCUGCGGCAGCGGAUGCGGCGGCGGCGGAGGAGGAGCAGGAGGAGGAGGAGGAAGAGGAGGAGGAGGACGCCACUGAGGAUGAUGUUGGAGAGCCACAGGCACAACGUGGUCGUGGCAAUGGACGUGGGGGUGGCAGGCGGCCCCGGUUCAAGUACACACGCGAGAUGCGUGGGGACCUUGGCGAUCGGUACCAGGAAGAUGCGCAUAGGGGCAGGACCACUGGGCAGUACAGAACGCAGAUGAACAAGUUCAGGGAGUUCCUUGGACAGCUGCAGGAGGACAUUGGGAAGCUGGCAGAAGACCUUGUGGGGAGCGAGCUGGCGGAGGUCGGCGGGCAGUGGCUCCAGUGGAUCACUGAACGAAAAGGUGGUCGUGUCGUACAUGCUUCCAUCCUGCGUGGAGCAAAUGCUGUGGAGUGUCCCAUACGUGCGCUGGUGGAGUACCUUUACACCAUGUACACCCUGGCUGGCGAGGAGUACCCUGACCCGCUAAAAGAGGAGGACUGGCCAGCGGUUGCAGAAGUUGAGAAGCGCAAGGUCACAGGGUGCAAUGCUCGCUUGUCUGUGCCGUACCACUUGCAGUUCCUGGAGUUUGCAGCUCGGUGUGCAGCCCAGGACGCAUUGGAGCUUGCAAACACCUGCCCUAACAACCUUUUAGUCCUCUGCUUACAGAAGAAUCCAAUGUGGCAGCAGGUCUACUCCCGCUACAGGCACGCUCUUGCUAAUGGGCUAGCCACGAAGAGGCUGCGGGAGAUGGAACGGGUGCGACCCGGUCCUACGGAUGCGAAGCGUUUGAAGCGGGCCAGCAAAGGUGGGACCUCGACAGGUGGCACUCUUGACGAUGGUAUCGAUGCUGGCGAGCAGACAGAGCGCGGAGACUCUGCCGCUGCAGCCGCCGCUGGGGGGCCCGGUACGCCAACGCAGGGUACGAUCUACGGCAUCUUCCACCCCGACAGAUAUCUGUCUGGGGAGGACUGUAUUGACUACCAGGGCAACUUCAUCACGAGGUCCAAAUUCGAAAAGCUUGGCGGCUCGCUGAUGGCCAAGUGGUACAGAAGCAUACGCGUGGUCACGACGGACGAGCCCCUGGGCACCUGGCUUACUCGGCGAGGACUGCCGGUGCUCAAGGGAACCUCCAGGAAUCGCAAACAGGUGAUGGCGGAUAUGAAUACUAGCACCACAAGCAACGACAAGGACAACGGCCAGGUGGCGACCCGUGCGACGGGUCCUAAGGCCGGCAGCGGCGGCGGCGGCGGCGGGGGCGGCCGUAACAAAAUCGCGGGGUCCCUCUCCGGUACGGGCAAUCCUGAUGGUGGGCCCGGCAAGCGCGCUGCCGCGGCCGCCGCCGCUGACGGCACGUCAGGUGGCGGCCGUGACGCUGCGACGGCACCUGUGCCGGCCGCCAGCGGCUACGGCACGGGAAGCGGCGAUGACGCCGUACCUGCCACUUCUCAGGCCGGAUCUGGUCAUGGGUGUGUAUUCAACUCCCGGGGUGGAGCCGAUAAGGAGGCGACGACGGCGGCGACGAAGUCAGGCCCUACUGGCGGCGGUGGCGCCGCCGCCGCCGCUCCCUCUCUGCAGCUUCGGCUAUCCCUCGGCACGGAAAGGCCUUUCGCUGAUCAGCCGGCAGCGGCCGUCACCGCCGCCGCCGGCGGCGUCGCUUGCUCCGGCAGCCUGCUGCCAUCUGCAACGGCAGCGGCGGUGGCGCUGUCAGCACGCGCAGCUGAUCCGUACAUGUUACCAAGCGGCUCGCCGCUCGGCGGCUCGCCGAGCGGGCGAGCCGCCUGUCUGCCGGUUCUCACCGCCCCUAACCCUGGGGUUGAUGAUGCUCGAGUGCCGCCGUACAAUGCUGCGCUGCGUGGACCACAGCGCUUUAGUCCUAGCUGCAGCUCACAGGUAUCGUCGGACGAGCCGCUGCAGGCCAGUUUCCUGUCGUACGCGACGGCCUCGGAGGCUGCCAUUGCAGCCAGCGUCCCCGCCAACGCCUCCGUUGCCACCGGGAUUGAUAUGUGCUAUCAGGCUGCGGCACCGCUUCCUGUCCGCUUUUCCGUGCCGGCUUCGGGCUCUGGCUUGUCUGUGGAGCUGCCGCCGGGCGUCGAGGUCGGUGGCAACGGCGUCGGGCACGACAGCGGCGCCGCCGACAGCAUGCGCUCCGUGAUGGCAGCCGUGGCCCAGCCGACGUUGCCGCCGCGGGAAGCAGCCACCUUCUGCUUUGUCAGCGGAAACUCGCUCGGGCGGGCCCCUGGGCAAAGCAUUCUUGGCAGCGGCGGCGGCGGCGUGAGCGCCCCGCCGGCGCCACCGCCUGGUCUGCACACAUCACCGGAACAAGCAGAUGCAGCUUGGCUGUAUUGGGCCUGGUCAGGUUAUGGGGACUUACAGGAAGGCAGUGGGCAGUUGAGGUCGGCGCCAGUGGCGGCAGCACCGCAGCCCAUGGUUACCGUUGUCCGUACGGCACCCGACACGGCCUCGGAGCGGCUUCAUAUUCGCAAUGGCGCCGCCCUUGGUGCUGGCGGCGGACAGCUGCCGUGCGCACAGAGCUGCGGUGGCGGCAGUCGGAGCAUCGACGCCGCCGCAUCACUGCACAUGAGCACCGGGGCCGUCAACGGCGCCGCCGGGUCGUCCUGGCCAUCUCUACUGCCAGCACCCUCCUUAGCGCGCUCGUACGGUGGCGGCACGGACAGCUGCGGUUACGGUGGUGCUGGGAUCGCCGCCACAACUACCACUACCAACGGCGGUGUAAGCCUCGUAAGCUACUUCGGCAAUGGCGGCCGAAGAAGCCUUACGCAUUUCGAGCAUAACACUCCUCAGGGCGCUCCCUCGAAAUGGGCGGCACCGCUGCUAGGCUCGAGCGGGCCUUCGGAGCCGUCGCAACCUUCCAACUCACGACCGCUGAACCGUAUCGAGAUGGUGAAGCAGGAGCUACUGCGCGGAACACGCGUGGGGGGAGGCGCUACUGCAUCCACUGGCGGCGAGGUGUUAUGGAAUUCCGGAGCCCCGCGGGGCCUCCAAUCCACAACGCUGGCGUCGCUGCCCCAGCAGCCGCCGCCGCCGCCGCCGUCCCAUCAACUACCACAGCCGCCAUUGGUGCAGCUACGAUGCGGUGUCUCGGGCAGCUUUGAGGCGCGAGUGGAGCGGCUCAUGCGGGGAGGCAGUAGCAGCAGUGGCGGCGGUUGCUGCAGCGGCAGUAGCAUGACGCUGGACUGUUCGGGAGUUAGGGUGGCUGCUGCUGCUGCUGCUGGGUCCGCCGGCGGCGGCGGCGCUCUCCUGACCACUUCCUGCAUUGGCUGCAGCAGCAGUGGUGGCAAUGGAGAUGGAAGAGUUGGAGUCGAACCCGGCGCGGAUGCAGGCGCCGCGGCAGCUCUAGCGGGGAGGAUGGCGCACAAGCACCCGACGGGCUGCUUCGGCCAGCCGCAACAAGGUGGUCCCAAUGCGUUGCAACACCUCCCCGCAGGGGGCAGCCAGCAGGCGCUGAGGCUUCAAGACUGCGAGGCAGCUGCAGGCGGCACGGCGGCGCUAGGCUGGUGCGGACCCCUAGGACCCGGCCCUCCCCAUUUUCCAGGCAACACCGCGGCGUCGUCCUGGGGCCUCUGCUUAGGUGGUGUGGGCUGCCGCCUGCCGGGGUGUUGGAACUGGUCUACUUGCAGAAGUGGCUUUGAGCAGAAGCCCUAG